AUGGACGCGCUGAGCCGGGCCGGGCCUCGGCCCCGCCGCGCCGCCGCCUCCCCCCUGCCCUGGGGCCGCUUCGCCGCCUGGAUCGACUGCGUGUGUGUGGUGACCUUCGAUCUGGAGCUCGGCCAGGCCAUGGAGCUGGUGUAUCCCCACGACUUCAGGCUCACCGAGAAGGAGAAAACGAGCAUCUGCUACCUGUCCUUCCCUGACUCCUACUCAGGUGGCCUCGGGGACACCCAGUUCAGCUUCCGGCUGCGCCAGGCCGGGGGUUCCCGGAGCUCCCCGUUCCAGGAUGACGGCAGGUACAACCGGGAGGCCCCGCUGACGCUGCAGCGAGAGGCCGCUCACUAUUUUGGGUACGUGUACUUCCGGCAGGUCAAGGACAGCUCCAUGAGGAGGGGCUACUUCCAGAAGUCCCUGGUGCUCGUGUCCCGCCUUCCCUACGUGAAGCUGUUCCAGUGCCUGCUGCAGCUGAUCGCUCCGGAGUACUUCGACAAGCUGGAGCCGUGCCUGGAGGCAGUGUGCAACGAGAUCGACCAGUGGCCGCCGCCGGUGCCCGGGCAGACGCUGAACCUGCCCGUGAUGGGAGUGCUCAUCCAGGUGAGGAUCCCGUCGCGGGUGGACAAGGCCGGCUCCAGCCCGGUGAGGCAGUGCAACCAGGAGAACCUGUUACCAGCGCCCCUGGUCCUCCCCAGCGUUCAUGAGCUGGAUCUGUUCAGAUGUUUCCAGCCCGUGCUGAUCCACAUCCAGAUGCUGUGGGAGCUGAUGCUGCUGGGGGAGCCCAUGGUGGUGAUGGCACCGUCCCCAAGCGUGUCCUCAGAGAUGGUCCUGGCCCUCACCAGCUGCCUGGCCCCGCUGCGUUACUGCUGCGACUUCCGGCCCUACUUCACCAUCCACGACAGCGAGUUCAAGGAGUACACCACCCGUACCCAGGCCCCGUGA